CUCCUCAAUUCUCUUCAUACCAUUGCCAAAAACCACCUUCUUCUUCUUCAUUCUUCAUUCUUCAUUCUCCACCAAUUCCAAUCCUCAAAUUUCACAAAAAAAAUUACAAACAUGCCUCCUAUUUUGCCGGAUUUCUCCACCUCGGUUAAGCUCAAGUAUGUCAAACUUGGUUACCAAUACCUAGUCAACCACAUUCUCACCCUCACCCUUGUACCAAUCAUGGUUGGUGUCUUGAUAGAAUUGCUCCGUUUAGGCCCUGAAGAAAUCUUCAAAAUUUUCGAGUCUCUUCACUUUAACCUUGUUCAAAUUCUCUGCUCUGUUUUUCUUAUCAUCUUCAUAGGAACUGUGUACUUCAUGUCCAAGCCACGCACAAUUUACCUUGUUGACUAUGAUUGUUUCAAACCACCUGUUACUUGCCGUGUCCCCUUUGCAACCUUCAUGGAACAUUCUCGCCUCAUCUUGAAGAACAAUCCAAAAAGUGUGGAGUUUCAAAUGAGGAUUCUUGAACGCUCUGGCUUGGGUGAAGAAACUUGUUUGCCACCUGCAAUUCAUUACAUCCCUCCCAAACCCACCAUGGAAGCUGCCAGAGGAGAAGCAGAGCUUGUGAUUUUCUCAGCCAUGGAUUCUCUGUUCAAGAAAACAGGGCUUAAGCCAAAGGAUAUUGACAUUCUGAUUGUGAAUUGCAGUUUAUUCUCUCCAACACCUUCACUCUCUGCCAUGGUGAUCAACAAGUAUAAAUUGAGGAGUAACAUCAAGAGCUUUAACCUCUCUGGAAUGGGUUGCAGUGCAGGGUUGAUUUCAAUUGAUUUAGCUCGUGAUCUUCUCCAAGUUCAUCCCAAUUCAAAUGCUGUGGUUGUGAGCACUGAAAUCAUCACACCAAACUAUUACCAAGGAAAUGAAAGAGCUAUGCUUCUUCCUAAUUGCUUGUUCAGAAUGGGUGGUGCUGCGAUUAUGUUAUCGAAUCGAAGCUCUGAAUCAAGCAGAGCUAAGUACAAAUUGGUCCAUGUUGUUCGAACACACAAAGGUUCAGACGACAAAGCUUAUCGCUGCGUGUUUGAAGAGGAAGACAAAGAAGGGAAGGUUGGAAUUUCACUUCAAAAAGAUCUCAUGGCAAUUGCAGGAGAAGCUUUGAAAUCAAACAUCACUACAAUGGGUCCUCUUGUUCUUCCAGCUUCAGAGCAGGUUCUAUUUCUUGCAACUCUCAUUGGAAGGAAAAUUUUCAACCCCAAAUGGAAGCCUUACAUUCCUGAUUUCAAGCAAGCUUUUGAGCAUUUCUGCAUUCAUGCCGGUGGACGCGCCGUGAUUGAUGAGCUGCAGAGGAACCUUCAGCUCUCGGCGGAGCACGUUGAGGCGUCGAGGAUGACGCUGCACCGGUUCGGGAACACCUCGUCUUCGUCGCUGUGGUAUGAGCUGAACUACAUUGAAUCCAAGGGGAGGAUGAAGAGAGGGGAUAGAGUUUGGCAGAUUGCGUUUGGGAGUGGAUUUAAAUGCAACAGUGCUGUGUGGAAGUGCAAUAGAACCAUCAAGACUCCUUUUGAUGGCCCUUGGUCGGAUUGCAUUGAUCGCUAUCCGGUUCAUAUUCCGGAGAUCGUUAAGCUCUAAGCCUCUCGGAGCAUAGAGUUUUAAAUUGCGGUCGGCGACUGCAAUUGAUGCUGAAUUAACCUACACCUGUUCCGCUACGGCAACCGCAAUUUAAAACUCUGUCUGUCUAGGAGAACAAGUAUGAAACGUUACAAGUUUGGUUACUUUGAUUUCAGUUAUAAUCUGCUAAAGUAGAUGUGUGCUCAAUACUCAUGCCCCUUUCUCUGCAGUAGCCCUACCAUAAUUCUCAUUUGUCAGUCAGUCAUUGGUUUCCACUUUUUUUAUUGUAAUAUUUCUAUAUAUAUUUGUACUUUUUUUUGUCAUUUUCUAAAGAAUUACAUGGUCUUCUUGUGAAUUUACAUGGAAAUCCUUAAUAGGACAAUUCUAUGUGUUGACUAUAUGCAUUAUUAUCAGUAAGAGAAGAAAACAACUUCAGUUUC